AUGAUCCUAUGGUAUUUUGCCUCAACCGAUGGUAGUCUGAUGCAACCGGUCGGAAUGAGUUCCGCUGUGAUGAGCGGAAUGGAAAAUGACUCAGUCCGAUUUCAGGCGAUCCCACUUGAAGGUGGACGCUGGUUGGAGAUUCAAUUGGGCCUACUGGAGAAUGAGAGUGUUGAACCUGUGUGGGAAAAGCAUCGACGGAAACGUACGGUGCACACUGGAAACCAAUACACCAACUCCAUGUUGUCCACGGCCGGAUUCGGGGAGUAUUUCUGCAAAGUGGACAUUCCACGCAAUUGGGCCACCUCCAAUUUCCCCGAAGGAAGUCAGCUAAAUCUGACUGGGCCAUACAUUCCUGUUUAUCUUGCACCCAAUGCUCGCUUGUUUGCUCGACCAACUGAGACAGACGGUGAGUGUGGUAUGAGAUAA